AUGAGCUCCAUUCACGAGGUUGUGGCUCUUAUUGAAGAGCUGUACUCUCCUCAUCCGAAACAUGACGUUAAUCAGAUUCAACAGAGUUUACAGUCAAUCCAGAAAUCAGAGCAAGGCUUCCACCUAGCUAAUGAACUGCUAUCUGAUGACAAGUACUCUGCGAACGUCAAGUACUUUGGUGCGCUGACUUUAACUGUGCAACUAAAUACACGGGGUGAAAACGAUUAUGAAACCUUAUGGAAUGUCUUCAAAUCAAAUUUAUUGUACUUGACAAAAUUCAGUACAUUAUACGUUUCCAAUCCUAAUAUGUACGGUCAGUCUCUAAUAAUAAUAAAAAAGUUAAUGUCAAACUUGUCAUUGAUCUUCACUAAAAUCAACGAUCCGCAGCUUAACAGCGUUGGCAGUGAAAAUUUGAUUAAGCAAUGGAACAAUCCCAUAAAUACGUUUAUUCAACUUAUGUCGGUUCAAAAUCAAAACAUUCAUGCAGACCAAUUAUUGCUUGACUCAAUCAACUGUUCCUUAACGUAUGAACAAUUGUCUCAAUUCGUUAGUUUAUCUCAGAAACAUAAUGAAUUAGCAUUGACGUUUACAGAAAUUAUUGUCGAAGAUUUGACGAAGUUCCAAACAAAGAGGCACUCAAUGUCUCAAAUCCACGAAGUAGUCCAUGAGCACCUGUAUAUUUCGACUAUGGCGUUGAUUAACUUGAACUUGACUGCACAAGCUGUCUUCAAUCCUACCGUAUUUGAUUGUAUUACUGCCUGGAUUAACUAUAUCUCAUUGACUAGAAGUGUAUCUCCAAGUGGUAGAAUGGAUCUAUCGGAAAUUUUUCAAAAUCUGAUUGAUCUGAUGUAUCAGUCUACUGAAGGAUCAGACGGUUAUGAAAAUGCUGAAAAGAUCCUAACAAUAUUUGGUAACGUUUUUGCUAAUGAUCCACUGUUAAUGAGUUACGAUUUGAGACAACAAAUUGAGUGUAUUUUCCUAGGUGUAGUAAGGCCUGAUUCUGGUAUAACCGACAUAUCGAACAAAAAUUCUUGGAUGCUACAAUAUAUGAAUUAUUUAGUUACCAAUGAUUUCUUUUCCGAAUUGAAGGAGUUGGCCAUUUGUAUUGUGGACUUCUUGCAAAUUAACACGUUAAGUGUUUGUAAUAAAUUAUUCACCAACAUUCAAGCGACUGAUAAUGGUCAAGUUCAAGACGAAUUUAUUCAAGAGUAUAUUAAAGUCCUUUUGCAGAUGACCAAUUUUCCCUUAACCCCUGUCUUACAAGAAUUCUUUUCCGUAAGAAUGGUCGAUUUUUGGUUGGAUUUAUCGGAUGCUUACACUAAUUUAGCUAGUGAAACUUUAAGGCCAAAUUCUAUUGAGUUGUCUACACGAAUUUUUCAGCAGUUGAUCAAUAUUUACUUACCUAAAAUUUCCUUGAGUGUCAAACAAAGAAUAAUUGAAGAAGAUGGUGAGAGCACUUCUAUGAACGAAUUUGAUGAUUUUAGAAACGCUGUCAGUGAUCUUGCUCAAUCCCUUUGGUCCAUUUUGGGAAACGAUAAUUUAACAAAUGUUCUAAUUAACGGUAUGGGCCAAAUGCCUGCUGCGAGUGAUGAGACUCUCAUCAUCAAAGAUUCUGAUGUUUUGUUCCGAAUUGAAACAAUGUGCUUUGUAUUGAAUACUAUAUUAGUUGAUAUGACACUAUCGGAAAGCCCAUGGAUCAAAAACAUCGUUCAUUCCAACAAAUUCUUCAACCAAAAUGUCAUAUCCGUCUUCCAAACUGGUUUCCAAACUAGUGCCGGCACAAAAGUCGGUCAAAUUCUGAAACUUGACUUUGUAAGAACAAGCACAACCUUAAUCGGUACUUUGGCUGGUUAUUUUAAACAAGAAUCUUUUCAAUUAAACCCAUAUGUAGAAGCUUUAUUCCAAGGGUUACAUACUUGCACCAAUUUUACUAGUAAAAACGAGCAAGAAAAAAUUUCGAACGAUAAACUUGAAGUUAUGGUGAUUAAAGCAGUCUCAACAUUAUGUGAAACAUGCCGUGAGGAGUUGACUCCAUAUUUGAUGCAUUUUAUAAGCUUCUUAAACACUGUCAUUAUGCCAGACUCCAAUGUUUCACAUUUUACUAGGACCAAGUUGGUUAGAUCCAUAGGUUAUGUCGUUCAAUGUCAAGUCUCUAACGGUCCAGAGGAGCAAGCUAAAUAUAUUUCACAAUUGACGGAUCUAUUAAGCGGGUCAAUAGAGCAUUGUUUGGCUUCAUCUGCACAGUUACAAGAGCAACAAGAUUAUAUCAACUGUUUAUUAUGCUGUAUAUCUGAGCUAGCAACAAGUUUGAUCCAACCUACUGAAAUUAUCGAAAAUGAUGCACUUCUACAAAGGUUACCUCAGUUUCAAAAUUUCUGGUCCACCGAUCCUUUACUAAUUCGAUCGAAAAUUAUGUGCACGAUUGAUAAGGUCUUGGAUAAUCCAAUAUACGGUAAAAACUCUGCGUUUGUAGAGAUCAGUUGUUUGAUUGUUGGUAAAGGAUUAAAUUUGCCCGACGGGGAACCGUAUUUCCUCAAGUACAGUAUGUCAGAUAUUAUAAAUUUUGUUUUGAGGCACGUUCCCAAUUGUGAGCUUGCUACUUGUUUGCCUUAUUUCGUCUAUUUAUUAGAAAAGCUUAUUUCUGAAUUUAGGGCUGAGCUAACGCCGCAGGAAUUUGAUUUCAUGUUUGAGAAGAUUCUUCUAGUCUAUUAUGAUGCAUAUAUUAUCAAUGAUCCGGACCUUUUACAAAUGACAAUAGGUUUUGUUAAUAACGUUUUGGACGUAAAGCCGGGUUUGGCUAUUGGCAGUAAACAUUGGACUUCGUUUAUACUACCUCAAUUUUUGAAAUUGCUACCUUCAAGAGAAAAAUUCACAAUUGUUGCGGUGGCAAAGUUUUGGACUAAGUUGAUCAAUAACAAGAAAUACAAGCAAGAAGACCUAACGACUGUCAGGCAACAAGUUUCCUCUAUAGGAGGUGAGCUUGUGUACCAAAUUAUGUAUGGUUUAUUCCACACACAAAGGUCAGAUUUGAAUAGUUACACAGAUUUGCUAAGAGCUUUGGUAGCUAAGUUUCCGAUUGAGGCAAGAGAGUGGCUAGUCGCUGUUUUGCCCCAAAUAUGUAACAAUCCCGCAGGUCAUGAAAAAUUCAUUAAUAAACUACUUAUUACGAGGGGAAGCAGAGCAGCUGGGAACGUUAUUUUGCAGUGGUGGCUGGAUUGUACUACACUUCCAAACUACCAAGCAUGA